AAAGUCUCUCAUAGGAAACCGCGGUGCACUAGUUGAGACAGCCGAUGGAAUUAAUUGCAUAUAAAAGAGCUAAACAACAAGAGAGGGUUUGCCCCAAAUCCAUCGACGAUCUCUCGACGAAGUCCACGCCUCGAUUCUGAAGUCGUCGACAGGAACAUUCAAGAAGGAAUUUUGGUUUUAAAGAAAGAAGGUAAUGGGCGAUCAUGUUAUGUUGCAUGUUGACCGCCUGAUCGCACCCGAAACUACUGAAACGAUAGCAAGAGAGGAGGAUUUGACGCCAUCUUCGGAAUCUGGUGCCGUCUCUGGGGAAGAAAAGGAAGGAAAGGAGAAUAUCAAGGUUUCCGAGGAAGAAGAACCUCUUAUUCAGACGGUAGACUGCCGCAUCUGCCAAGAGGAGGAUCACCUUAAGAACUUAGAGGCCCCAUGUGCUUGCAGUGGUAGUCUGAAGUACGCCCAUAGGGCAUGUGUGCAGCGUUGGUGCAAUGAGAAGGGUGAUAUAACCUGUGAGAUUUGCCAUGAGCAAUAUAAACCUGGGUACACAGCGCCACCACAUGCCACUCCUGAUGAGACCAGAAUAGACAUCAAUGGUGGUUGGAUAAUUGCAGGUUCUCCUUUGGAUUUUCAUGACCCUCGGGUCUUAGCAAUGGCAGCAGCACGCCGCCAACUUGUUGAUGAUGAAUACGACGAGUAUGCUACCAAUGCCAGUGGUGCUGCUUUUUGCCGCUCUGCUGCUCUUAUUCUGAUGGCUCUUUUGUUGUUGAGACAUGCAAUGUCUCUUACCAAUGCUAAUGGAGAUGAGGAUGAUGCUUCCGCAUUCUUUUCGCUUUUUCUCCUACGGGCUGCUGGAUUUCUCUUGCCAUUUUAUGUCAUGGCUUGGGCUAUAAGCAUCUUGCAACGCCGGCGUCAAAGACAGGAAGCAGCGGCUUUGGCAGCGACUGAAUUGGCCUUCAUAUUGCAGUCCGGUCGACAAAGAGGCUUGCACCUCACAUUAGCACCCGACUCGCCGGCCACUCCGCACCAAGACCCAGAGCCGGAGUCAUAGAUGUAACUUCAUAUGUAGCAUUCUACUCGACUAAAUUUCAUUUCUUCACAUAUUUUUUUUUUUAUCUCCAUCUGAUUUUGUAAAUGUCGACUGAGAACUUCCUCCUCGCUACCGUGCAUUUCCUUUUUCUUUUUUAUUUUAUUUUUACUGCAACAUGAUUUAUCGUCUUUGUUUUAUUCCUUUCGUAAAUAAAUUGCAUGAAGAAAA